AUGAGAAAACGGACGAACACGUUGACGUCUAGUGAGUGCAAUAAAAUACAUGAUCGGUGGAAGUGCAAAUCGGCUGAAGCAAAAAUCGAAGAGGCAAUCCACAUGAUAAAAAAUGCCACCAUUAGCAAGCCACAGACGACCGGCAAUUCUGUUCUAAAGGAGCCUAGUUAUUUUUAUAAACCUAGAUUGUAG